AUGCCGCCUUUGCCCCCAGCCACUGUGUUGGCAGUCUUUUGGCGCAGAGUCGUACUUUGGAGCCUCUCAGCUUCAUGCCCGAGUUUGUUGGAUCAUGAUGUUGACACUGUGGACGGCUUGAGAGAGCGCCUGCAGUUUGCUCUGUCCGUUGCGAAGAUCGCGGAAAAGGAACAGGAUCGCAGAGAAGAGCACGAGCGCGCUUUAACAAAGGUGAAAGCUCAAGCCGCGAAACUCGUACCAUUGAUUGACCCUGAUCGCCUCCGCAAGAAAGCAGCCCACAUUGCGGAAGCUGUUGCGGCCAUCAAGGAAGCACGUCUUGCUCUUGUCGCAGCACCUCUCCACACAAGGUCCCCUUCCACCGCUUACGCCAUAGCAACCCUUCGGCGAUCUGAGGCGGCCAUCCAGAAAGCAUGCUUGGAGCCGUCUUUUCACGUUAAUGUGCGGUCCUGGCUGCACAAGCAUCAGCUGGACAGCUGUUUCGAUGUACUGGUCGUCAGAGGUGUUCUCGAAUCUCUCCAGCUCAAGGAAGCCUUUCAGGCUGAUGCAACCCAGAGCUUGCCCGGAAGAUUUGUCGAUGCGUUGGCGAAGGCAUUGUAUGAAGGUGGUGACCUUCGCCGUGUGCAUGGAACCAGACAGCUGCCAGACGGCUGGGAGAUGGUCUACUCACGCAGUGCAGGUCUCUUCUAUUACCACGAGAUUCCCAAGGGUGGGGCGCAGAACGGGCGAACACAGUGGCAGUUUCCAGAUCUCCAGGCCGAGUCCCAUCCUCCUGAAGUUCCGAAUGCCUUGACGUCUGAAAG